CGUGACGUCACUGCGGCGCCGGCAGCGGAGCCGGAGGUGCCGGGCGGGUCCCGGUCCCGGCGGGUCCCGGCGUUGCCGAGCGCUCCCCGCUGCGUCCCGGCCGCCCGCCCGCCAUGAGCGCCGGCCGUGCCGAGGGCGGGCUGCUGGCCCUGCCCUGGGAGGACGUCCUGGUGCCGCACGUCCUCCGCCACCUGCCGCUGCGGCAGCUGCUGAGCCUGCGGAGGGUGAGCAGGGCCUUCCGCGAGCUCGUCCGCCUCUACCUGGCCAACAUGCGCCGCUUCGACUCCGCGCAGAUCGGACCUGCCGUCCCCAGAGCCGCUUUCCUUACCCUGCUGAAGGACAACAAGGUGCUGCAGCAGCUGGCGCUCCAGAGCUGCUCCGACUGGCUGACGGACAGGGAGCUGCUGCCGGUCAUCAGGCAGAACCACCACCUGCACCACAUCCAGCUGAAGGGCUGCGCCCAGCUCAGCUGCCACGCGCUGAUAGCCAUCUCGCUGAGCUGCCCCAACCUGCGGCGGCUCUCCCUGGCUCACUGCGAGUGGGUGGACAGCCUGUCCCUGCGCAGCCUGGCCGACCACUGCAAGGCGCUGGAGGCCGUGGACCUGACGGCCUGCCGGCAGCUGAAGGACGAGGCCAUCUGCUACCUGGUGCAGAAGUGCAGCAGGCUCAAGUCUCUGUCGCUGGCUGUCAAUGCCAACGUGGGCGACGUGGCUGUGGAGGAGACCGCCAAGUGCUGCCCAGAGCUGGAGCACCUGGACCUCACCGGGUGUCUGAGAGUCAAGAAUGACUCCAUCAGGGUCCUGGCUGAGUACUGUCCCAAGCUGCGCUCGCUUAAGGUGAAGCACUGCCACAACGUGGCUGAGUCCAGCCUGAGCGUCCUCCGAAGCCGCGGAGUAGAGCUGGAUGUGGAGCCUCUGCCGCAGACGGCUCUCGUUCUCCUGCAGGACAUGGCUGGCUUUGCCCCUUUCAUUAACCUCCAGAUCUAGGACUGCUGGGGAGGGGGGACCAACACCUCGCUGGGAUCCCCGGAGGAUGCCGGAGCCGGGUGCUGCUGUGACAUGCAGAGGGAGAGGUUGGUCCUGUUGGUGCGGCUGGCCCAAGAGGGGCUCACUCUUGUCUCUGGGGCUGUUUAACAGCCACUGCGUGUUUGUGAGUGAGCUCUGUUGGUGCCUCCUGGGAAAGUAACUCCCUCUGCAGCGGUGUGGAGAGUGAGGGACUUGUGGGAACACCAUGGUGCUGAACAGGCCUUGGCUAGACCAGCUAAUAGUCAGGAUUUAUUUUUUUGUUGUAUUUUAAAUCUCCAAGUGGCAGCUGUCCAGAGAGCAGGGGAGUUUGGGGACUGUGGACUGCUGUCCCCUGGGGUGGGUGUGCAGGGCAUGCCAGCAGAGCCGUUGAGACCAAAUCAGGCCAGCUGGAGCAGAAUGGAGAAAAGCUGCCAGUUCUCCUCUUGGGAGAGGGUGGGCCCCUCUGAGCUCUGGGAGGAGGACAGUGCGAGCCCAGCUCCAGCCUGUAGCCCCAGCUAGCGUGGCACCAAAGGCCUGGUGUGGCGCAGCGUGGCAACGUGUGCGUGCAGACCUAGCUCCUUGCCACGGGGCACUGGAUUAGGCGAGCGCAAGGCAGUUGUUUCCCAGAGGAACACACUCCUAAACGCGAUUUCACUAGAGGAAGAGCACCAAACCUAGCUGUGCUCUCACUGAGAGCAGUUGGUCAUCACCGUUUGUUUCUUCCAGAUUCUGAAUUAUGUUUCAGUAGUGCCCCAGCCUGCUUCUACAUCCUGCUCCAUGUUGUGUGGCUGUAGUUUUGACAUUCAACAGUGGAGAGAAAUGGGAGGGGCCCUGGCCAUACUGUCAGCUGGAGUUUGAGCGCUGCAGGUUGUCUUGGCAGGGAGAGCCCAGUUCCUGUCUUUUGCCCCAGAAGGGAUUAGAGGCACUGUCUGUAAAGCACGUGCAGCUGAACUACACACCAAUUCACAUCAUCUUUAUUGACACUUGCACUCUAAGCAACAGUGCACACAGACUUCUAAAAAGCUUGCUGCAAAACCACAAGCCACGUCUUAGAUCUAAGAACGUCCCAUGCAAGGAAUAGCAGAGAAUGCCCAGGCCCCCGCUAGCUGCUGUGGUGUGCCCCUGGGGGCAGAAGGACAGCUACCCACAGAGAGGCUUGUCCUUGUCAGCUGGGUUAGUUCAGGAAGCUGAAAGCAGUGUCCUGGCUCCCAGGUUAGUUCCAGUUAGUGGUGGGUGGGGUGAAGGAGUCCCCUCUCAUCCCUAGUGCCACGUGUCCUUCCUCCCACGCCUGGCCAGCGAGGUGGAGGCUGAAGAGCAGGAGGACCUGGCUGUCAGUGGAACUUGUACUUCCUGGCUGGUUUGAGGCUGAUGUAAGUUUUCUUCAUCUCCUCGCUCUCUGGCUUCUUGAUGUCUUUGUACCUCUCUCCCUUUGUGCUCACCACCUGGUUAUCGAUAUAGCGGAUCAGCUUCUUGGGAGCCUGGAGAGGAAAGACAAACACCAAGUGGAGGCUGCUGGGGAAAGGGAAGGGACAAGCAUAAGGAGAGCUGUGUUUGGGGGUGGAGGAACAGCAAGGCUAGGCUGGGAUAAGUUACCUGUCCUUUCUGUUGGGAAUCUUGGCUAAAAAGGCAAACAAAGCUGUUGGACAGGGGGGAGGGAGGGGUGGCAGAGCAGGAACCAUGCUAGUCAGUGGUAGGUACUGACAGACCCUGCAGCGGCUAAACUAACCUUCUCUUUUGUAAACUAACCUUUCCUUUCGCUCUCUAGUGGCUCUGUGAAUGUUCCUGCCUUGGGACUGCCUCUGCUCUUUGGACUCGCGGCCUGCUUUUUUAACCUUGUAGCCAAAGGCAUUCAAACUCUUGGUGAGCUGGAACCGCUCUUUUCUCACCUCUUUUGGUGGAGCUGGCCGAUGUGUUUUCUGAUCUUCUGCACUAUCAACCAUCAUGUAUCUGAAACACAAGAAGCAUUUGGUGAAUGCUGCAAUGUGCAUUGCCUAGGGCUAUUCACAACCUACGUCUCUUUUUCCCUGGCUGGUCUGUGGCUGUGCAGUGUGUCCUACUUGCCUAGAUUGCAGCAAGGAGUGCUUAAGGUUCCCCUUUGGAUGAAAUGGGCAAGAAGUGUGUCAUCGUUCUGGUGGGAAUCCAGCAGGAUUCUCCUGGAGUAGCAUCCUUGGCCCUAAGUGAAUGGUAUCAAAAGCUCAGGCUGUUGAGAAUGCAGAUAAUCCCUGUAAAACGGAGAGGUGCUGAGGUCUGGCAUGCUCUGCCAUUGGGGUAGCUUUGCUCCUUUUCAGUCUGAGUGAUGGCAGCCAAAGGAGAUGAGGUAAAAUCAAAAGGUCAAACUGGCUGCUUCUGCCCUGAAGAGAUGGUGUGCCUUUCACGCUAUGUAGUACUUGACUAGGAAACUAAUUUGAGCUGGAAGCAACUUUGUAAAAGCAUCACCUCUUUCCCUGUUUAAUUGAAACAUCAGGGCCCACGCGUUCACUUGCUGUACUGCUGAGGUACUGGAGCUGGUGUCAUAGGUGGGCAGCACAGCUGACCAUGCCUUCUCCCUCAGUAGUUAGCACAGUUGUUCCCAUGUAUCUUCAGCUAUGGUGAUCUGCUCUCUGUACCUGUGCUUGAACGAUGUUUAAAGUACAGGAUGUUGCCAAAACGUCAUUAAAGUGAAGUUACUAGAAAU